CCAACAGACAAGAGAGAAUUGGAUUUGUUUUUGAGUGCGAAUAAGCCAGCACCUGUAACAAGUUAACUAAGGAACUUAAUAAUUAAACUGAUCUCUGGAAGGAAACGUCAAUGACGCAUCAGUGGUACUGAAAAUAAGGAUGGGGAGAAACGUCAUUUUGAUCCUUUUGCUGGAUUGUAUAGUCAGUUUCGGGCAAACACGUCAAGGAUUCAGGUUUCCCAUGGGAGCAUGAGACGUGAGGAUGUCAAACAGCACUGACCCCCACAACCUGUGUGACACUGAUGAUCGCUUGUGUGUGGCUACAACCUAUCAGUUGGAGGUCAUCGUAGUGCCGGCCAUUCUCGUGAUAAUUUCCGUCCUCACUAUACUGGUCCUGAUCAUCUUGCGUUGCUGCCAGAAGAAACCUCCAGCUCCCAGCUCCCUCAACAGUGUCAAAGUCCACACACCUGCACCUGCACCUGUCCACACACACGGCCACGACGGCCACAGAGACACUCACACACACCAUCAGCAUCACAGAGACAACCACACACACCGAAACCACCACGAGAACGACGCCCACACACACAGGGAUGGUCACCAUCAUCAUCAGCACCACAGCUCACCUCACAGGACAACCAAUGGCCAUCCUCAUCACCAUGACAACCGACACACAACAACCAACGGUCGCCAUCACAACCAGCGCAGGUCGAGUCACAGGCGGGAUCGGCAGCACCUGCAGGGCAUUGACGCUCCUCCCGAGCUAAACCCACUGGAGCAUGAGGUGCUACCCCUCAGGCUCAGCAACCCUGCUGCUGCUGCUGCUGCAGCUGCGACAGCCGCAGUACCGCAGUCCCCCACCGAGUGGCAGCACGGUGCCUUUCAGGUGGUCAGGCCGCUGCCCCUGUCCUUCGCUGUCAAGGCCGACAAUGUCGUCAUGCUUCACCGCGCCAGGGUGGAGCGCAGGAGCGUCAUCCUCAGAGUGCUCAAAGACACUGCAGAUGCUAGUCAGCGGCAGGCCUUCAAGGGCUUUGCCAACUUCCUGUCGGAGCUGGGGCCACACCCCUUCCUGCCCAGCCUGAUGGGUGUGGUCUUUAGGACCACGCCCCUCAUCACGGCUAUCGAGGAGCUGGAGAACAGAGACCUGCUGAGCUUCCUCUGGAGAUGCAGAGAGGACCAAACCACAGAAGGCCCUCCAUGUGACAUCACAGAGAGGCAGAUAUUUACCAUGAGUGGACAAGUAGCCUCUGCCCUGGAGUACUUGCACAGCAAAAGCUGUAUCCAUGGCAACAUAGGAGCCAGGAGCGUUCUGGUUGGUAGGGACCUCACGGCCAAGCUGUGGGGGCUCGGCCCCGCCUACCGGAGGACUUGCAUGCCCUCUUCUCCCGGCCCAUUGGAGGAUAUGGAGCUGAAGAAGUGGCAGGCUCCAGAGGUAUUGGCCCGCAGGCCUGCCACUCAAAGCAGCGACAUUUGGUCCUUUGGUAUUCUGUUAUAUGAAAUGGUCACCCUUGGGGAUCCUCCGUACCCAAGGGUCCUGGGCAGUGAGCUGCUCCAGCAACUACAGAGGGGGAAGAGCCUGAAGCGACCUGCACACUCUUCAAACACACUGCACAGCAUCAUAAAGGCCUGUUGCCAGUGGAGCCAACAAGAACGUCCCUCAUUGGCUGAGGUGAGAAGAAAGCUCCAAUCAGGGGAGAGGAGUGCGAAUGCUACCACAGUGCUUCGGGUACCUGAGCCUCUGGACAUUGAGAAGUACAUGAGGGAGGCGGGAUAUGGGGAGUCGUAUAACUAUGCCGUACUGUGAUAGGCUGGGUGACCUGUCCGUUUCAUCCAUGAACACUCCAGUUUCUUCAGUACUGUACCUCACGUUUUACAUUUGUAAGAUAGGCCUACUAUAUUGUACAGUAUGUAAAAUGUAUUUAAACUGAGAUCACAAAAAUGCUCUUUUCUCUUUUAAGUUUUAUUUAUAACAUGUUUUAUAUUGUCCCCCACUAGAUUGUCUACUGACAAUCUGUUGAGAUCAGGAGCACUUUUUAUGCACAACGUCCUUUCUAAUUGAUUGUUUCCAAUGUCUAAUUAUAUUCGUUUGUUCUUUUCAUUAUCUAUUCAUUUGUUGUUAUUUCGUUUCAUUUUUUGUUGUUCUGUUAAAGUAGUCUGUUGAAGUAUUGAUGAAAUAUUAAAAUGAACCUCUAAUGUACUGUCUGGACGGUGGUGGACGAGUUGGUAGAGCCUGUUCGGCAACCAGUCACAACCGUGAGGUUGCAGGUUCAAAUCCUGCUCCGCCUGACCCCCAUCGAUGUGUCCUUGAGCAAGAUAGUGGAAGCCAUGGCCAUCAGUGUGUGAAUGUGAGUGUCAAUGGGUAAAAUGUGAGACAUACAUGUAAAGUGCGUUGAGUGCUCGAGUGAGUGUGCAUUUACCAUGUAUCUAGUAAUUUGGCUGAAAAACAUCUGAACCAUAUGGGCGCGAUAUCUAAACUAUGCCUUGAAAAUAAGCGGCUGUCAGUAAAAAGGGCAUUGAGUUCACACUCUUUCUUCUCUCUCUCUCUCUCUCUCUCUCUCUCUCUCUCUCUCUCUCGCU